CUGAGACGCGAUACCUUUACCCCCGCGGAGGAGCGGACGCUGCUCGCGGCGUACAAGAAGUUGGGCAAUCGCUGGGCCGCCAUCGCGAAGGUCUUGCCGGGUCGGACGGACAACGCGGUGAAGAAUCACCUCAACUCUAAACUCCGCAGG